AAAAUUCAACCCUAAUCAAGGAGGGACUGACUAUCCAUGAAGAAGCCAGAAAGGGCAGAUCUGGGGGUUAAGCCCCAGCCUGCCAUGGGUCUCCCUCUGCCCUGGCUCUCUCGUUGCUGCUGUCGUCUCCUGCCCUCCUGGAUCAUGGCCCCCCACACCUCUCGUGGGGCCUAUUGCCAGAAUGCUGGGCCACCUACAGGGGAACUAGCUACAGAAGAGACCAGGAAGACCCUAUCCCCAAACAGGGGUCCAGGUCAUAGAAGAGCAGAGCUGGCCCAGGCAGAAGAGCUACUGGAGCAGCAGCUAGAGCUGUACCAAGCCCUGCUGGAGGGGCAAGAAGGGGCAUGGGAAGCUCAAGCCCUCGUGCUCAAGAUCCAGAAGCUGAAGGAGCAGAUGAGACGGCACCGAGAGAGCCUGAAAGGUGACGCCUGACAGGACCUAUCCUCACCUUCCUUUAUGGGCUGAACCCAAGCAAACACUUCUAAGAACCCCUUUGCCCCAGGGACCCAUCCUGUUUUCCUCCUUUUCUGGAGCAAAAAGAACACCCAAUGAUGGAAACGAGGAAUGCUCUCCUUCUGAGGAGGGCCAAGAAUGGGAAGGGGUGCUCAAGGGAAGCUGGCCCCUCCUCACCCUAAUAAUUGAAUCCCCUCACAAUGAUUCUAUUUCCAGUCCCCUAGGGUGACUUCCAUUCCUCCCCCAAGGCUGAAGAAGAGAAA